AUAGUUGUUUGUGUCUCUCUUCUCGUUGUUCCUCGUCGUCUUCGCAGUUCGCGCGCGAGUGAAGAAAUGGCCUAGUGAAGCGUCAAAUAUUUAACUCUGCAUCGUGUGUACGGGGGUUAAAACUCUGUACACAACUAGACGGAGUUGCAUAUGAAAGCCUUGCAAAUUUCCCAAAGUUCAGAUUAGGUAGAGAUACAUAUAUUAUUCGAGGAAGCGAUGAUGGAGCGCCAGAGGCACGAUGAAGAUAAUACCGGGAGACUUGGUAAAGUACUGCAACCGAAGCAAGAGCCCAAUGACGGCCGGCAUUGCAGCGAGCAACAAGUGGACAACGACGACGAGAACCCCGCUUCUGACAACGAUGACGAUGUGUGUUAUGCGGUGAUCAAGCUCAACAAUAUCAAGUAUCGGUUGCCAGUCUGCUCUGACGUAAAAAAUCCAGACAUGUUGGGCAUGUUGGCCGAGGUGGCCUCGCAAACAUUGCAUUCUGAGACCAAAAAAGACGAGUUGGAUGCAAAGAAAAAAAAGGCCAAGGAGCCCAAGCGCAAGAAUAACAAUCAACCGGCGCAAUCGUACACCAUAGCCCAACUGCUGACCAUGCCUGCUGGUCAGUUGAUCAAGCUCUUUACCGUGUUUAGUGGCGAUGAGCUUAAGAAACAGUAUUCGUACGCCUGCGCUCUUAUUCCCGGCUGCGAUGGUAUCUUUUCGAGCUUUGCCAGCGACGCCAAGGCUAAGCUUAACAUCCAACAGCAUCUUGCCGAGCACUUGGAGCACUGGAGAAGUAACAUGAACAGUUGCGAUUGUGCCAAUUUUACGGUAACUCCUGUAACACAGCUCAAACCAAAAUCAACCCCACAAACUAAAAAAAGCAAAACUCAACCUAAGAAAUCUCCCAAGGAGAAUCUUAACAAGGAAAAUAAAGAAACAAAAGUGGGAAACUCUACGAACAAUACUCCGCGUAAAGGACUGUCUGUUGAAGUUAAUUUAAAGGAAUUGGAAAACAAUGCCAAUCAAGAUAUGAAAGUUGUUAGUGUGCAAAAUUCUUGUACAACUGAAAUGAAGAAAGACAUUUCCGAUGCCAAAGUUUUGAGGGAUCACAGUUAUCAUGGCCAUGUAAAAGAGGAGAAAAUAAAUAAUGAAUCUACUUCUACCAUUAACAAGAUAUCUGUUAAUUCACUUGCAAAUGAAAAUAUCAUGGUAAUGGUGGUUGAAAAUAAUGGCUCACCUAUGACUGAGCCACUUAGUUCAACAGUAGAAGAUAUUGCAAAUCAUAUAAAUGUCGAUACUGAUCAGCCAGAAAGUAUGACUCUUUACGGCGAAGAUCCACCUUCUCAACCAAGCCUCCUACUACCUGCUAAGCCCAAAGGUAAAGCAAAAUUCAUUGGCACAAGUGAAGAGGAGAGAUCAAAGGCGCUUGAACGUAUGGCAAAAAUUAAAAAGUACGGCAAUCCGUCGGGCAACGAGCUGAUGUGUGACAUCUGCAAUCCACCUAGAACCUUUACAGCCCCGACGACUUUAUUGUCACACUUUCGUAGUCACGCCAACAUCAAGCCCUUCACCUGUGAAAUCUGUAAUGCAAUGUUCACACGUCGACACAGUCUCAAGUAUCAUAUGUUGAUACACAGCAACCUGACUCGUUUCACCUGUGCAGACUGCGGCAAAAAGUUUCGGCAUCCGUCACACUUUCGCGAACAUCGCAGAAGACACACCGGAGAGUCACCGUUUGAAUGCGCGGACUGUGGUCAAAGAUUUAAAACGAGAAACACAUACAAACGCCAUUUGAAAACUCGUCACAACAAAGUUCUCAUGAUAACUGGCGAGUUGAUACAUCUUACAGAAGAAGAAGCAAGAAGACCAAAACCUAAAAGUCGAAGAAAAAAACCCAUUAAAAAUGAAGUUGCCAUCAGACCUUCGACUCCAAUCGAAACAACUGAAGAAACAAAUGAAGCAAUAAAUGAACAAACAACUGAAGGAACAACUUCGUCUCAUGUGAAUCAAAUAUUUUUAAAACAGGAGCAUCUGAGCUCUGAAUUUGAUAAUGAGGACGAUUCACAUCAAGAAGAAUUUGCCACUGAUUUAGACAACAUUGAACAACAAUUUGUUACAAACGGAGAGGAUGAAUUUAUCACUAAUGUAUACGUAUAUGAAGAUGAACAGUCAACCGAAAUCGUCGACGGGGAGACGUACGCGCUGAUGGAAACCGAAGACGACCAUCUACCGAUUUGUAAGACUGAAUUUAACGAGACUGAGAUAGAGCAUAAUUUUGCGGAGAAUGAAGUAGUCAUCGCACAAACCGAUUCCAAUGGCGAGUUACAUUUCGAAAAUGAGAUUUUCGAAGAGGAUGAUACGGUGUAUUUAAACGAGUCUUCAGUAGAGUUGCCUGAGGAGGAGGUUUGCUCAGACGUGACCGAAAGUGCUAACAGAGAAGACGAGUACGAACAUCACGAGGAGACAAUUGUUUCAUUUGAUGAGUGUGUCGAAAAUUACACAGAAGCCAUUGAGCCUGGUUUUGAGUCAGAAGACGAAGAUAUGACAGAAAACGUUUACAUUAUUGAAAAUCAAGAGGUUGUCGCGUCUGAGGAAGUUACAAGUACAGUUGAAGAGGUGCCUUCUUCAACUGUGGAAGUUCAAACGGAUGAUCAAGAUUCAAUAAUGGCCGAAGAUCUACCAAUGGAGACGGAAAUGGAAAAUUCCGGGCAAAAAAUAUUAAUACCCUGUCAGGUGAAGGUUUGUGAAAGUAAUGGCAAAGCGACUUUGCAGUUGAUAAAGAAUAGCAACCUUACUUUGUUUGGUAAUAAAACGCAGAGUAUUAAUCUCAUUCAGAACGGUAAACAGCAAACAUUUUUGCUUUUGUCUAGUGAGGAUAAUGAUCUACUAAGUGUAGUCAGUGCUGUCCAAGAAUCAAAGCCACUGUCUGUACAAUCUGUAAUUACAGAAUCCAUAGUGCAGUAAGUGGAUGGUAAAAUUUUUAAUAUCCGUGACUGCAAGUCCUCCUAUGAUUGAACUUGCCUCACGUGACGAAGUUGUUUCUAUAUAUAUUUUUCAAAGUUUAAUAUUUGAUAAUCAGACACUUAUAUAAAUAAUCCAAAGACAAA